AUGAUUUUCUCAAGAGUAAUAAAUGAAUCAUCAUCAUCAUCAUCAUCAUCAUCAUCAUCAUCAUCAUCAUCAUCAUCAUCAUCAUCAUCAUCAUCAUCAUCAUCAUCAUCAUCAUCAUCAUCAUCAUCAUCAUCAUCAUCAUCAUCAUCAUCAUCAUCAUCAUCAUCAUCAUCAUCAUCAUCAUCAUCAUCAUCAUCAUCAUCAUCAUCAUCAUCAUCAUCAUCAUCAUCAUCAUCAUCAUCAUCAUCAUCAUCAUCAUCAUCAUCAUCAUCAUCAUCAUCAUCAUCAUCAUCAUCAUCAUCAUCAUCAUCAUCAUCAUCAUCAUCAUCAUCAUCAUCAUCAUCAUCAUCAUCAUCAUCAUCAUCAUCAUCAUCAUCAUCAUCAUCAUCAUCAUCAUCAUCAUCAUCAUCAUCAUCAUCAUCAUCAUCAUCAUCAUCAUCAUCAUCAUCAUCAUCAUCAUCAUCAUCAUCAUCAUCAUCAUCAUCAUCAUCAUCAUCAUCAUCAUCAUCAUCAUCAUCAUCAUCAUCAUCAUCAUCAUCAUCAUCAUCAUCAUCAUCAUCAUCAUCAUCAUCAUCAUCAUCAUCAUCAUCAUCAUCAUCAUCAUCAUCAUCAUCAUCAUCAUCAUCAUCAUCAUCAUCAUCAUCAUCAUCAUCAUCAUCAUCAUCAUCAUCAUCAUCAUCAUCAUCAUCAUCAUCAUCAUCAUCAUCAUCAUCAUCAUCAUCAUCAUCAUCAUCAUCAUCAUCAUCAUCAUCAUCAUCAUCAUCAUCAUCAUCAUCAUCAUCAUCAUCAUCAUCAUCAUCAUCAUCAUCAUCAUCAUCAUCAUCAUCAUCAUCAUCAUCAUCAUCAUCAUCAUCAUCAUCAUCAUCAUCAUCAUCAUCAUCAUCAUCAUCAUCAUCAUCAUCAUCAUCAUCAUCAUCAUCAUCAUCAUCAUCAUCAUCAUCAUCAUCAUCAUCAUCAUCAUCAUCAUCAUCAUCAUCAUCAUCAUCAUCAUCAUCAUCAUCAUCAUCAUCAUCAUCAUCAUCAUCAUCAUCAUCAUCAUCAUCAUCAUCAUCAUCAUCAUCAUCAUCAUCAUCAUCAUCAUCAUCAUCAUCAUCAUCAUCAUCAUCAUCAUCAUCAUCAUCAUCAUCAUCAUCAUCAUCAUCAUCAUCAUCAUCAUCAUCAUCAUCAUCAUCAUCAUCAUCAUCAUCAUCAUCAUCAUCAUCAUCAUCAUCAUCAUCAUCAUCAUCAUCAUCAUCAUCAUCAUCAUCAUCAUCAUCAUCAUCAUCAUCAUCAUCAUCAUCAUCAUCAUCAUCAUCAUCAUCAUCAUCAUCAUCAUCAUCAUCAUCAUCAUCAUCAUCAUCAUCAUCAUCAUCAUCAUCAUCAUCAUCAUCAUCAUCAUCAUCAUCAUCAUCAUCAUCAUCAUCAUCAUCAUCAUCAUCAUCAUCAUCAUCAUCAUCAUCAUCAUCAUCAUCAUCAUCAUCAUCAUCAUCAUCAUCAUCAUCAUCAUCAUCAUCAUCAUCAUCAUCAUCAUCAUCAUCUACCUUUUCUAUAUUAAUGUCGGUAAUUAACUUUUAUUCAAUGAAUAUAACUAAAUAA